CCCGACGCCUACACCUGCCCCAUCACGCGCGAGCUCAUGCGCGAGCCCGUCGUCUGCGCCGACGGCCACACGUACGAGAAGGCGGCCAUCGAGGCCUGGUUCCUCGAGGACAAGUCGACGUCGCCGAAGACGGGCCUCGCGCUCGACUCGAAGCACCUCGUGCCCAACUUCGCCAUCCGCUCGGCCAUC